GACAGGACAGCAGCACCGGAGCGAGGGAGGGAGGGAGGCCGAGAAGCCCUGGCGCCGCUAUAAGACGACAAGCCACGCCCAGCUCAAUCAUUCAUCCUCCUCCCUCUCCGCGCCGCCACCCUCCUCCCUUCUCUUUCAGCGACGAGACGAGAACGAGAUGGCCGUCCUCCUCCGCGCACGCUCCCACCUCCUCUCCGGCGCCAUCCGCCGCAGCUUGCUCGGGGAGCGCGGGCGCGGCGCGCGAAGGUUCUCGACCGACCCAACCACCGUCGGCGAGGCUGCAGCCACCGGCCGCGGUGCGACGACCGGCGGGACCGCCGCAAACACCAGCGGGGUUCCGACGAAGACGAACGGCGGCGGGCCAGCGAAUGGACGAGGGGCGGCGAACGGCGGGGGUGGAGCGAGCGGAGGUGGGGCUCCGGCCAACGGCGGCGGCGGCGCGGUCACCGGCUCAGGCAACGGGAGCGGUGGAUGCGGAUGCGCUGCGGUGGCGGACCUGCGGACGGAUGUAUUCACCGAGGUGGGGAGGGUGCGGGGCUGCUACAACACCCUCGCCGAGGUGGAUGAGAAGCUGAUGGCGGAAAUAACGAGCGUUAAGCUGGAAGCCGCCAUGAACCAAGUGCGAUCCAAAGAGAAACUUGUUACUACAAUUUACACGAUGUUUGGAUCCGCCGUCGCCUUCACUUUUGCGGGCGCCACUCUGAUUGGGGGCUACGUGCACGACUUCGUCGUGCACGAAGCUGCCAAGGAAGUACGCGCCAAGCUUCGUCUGGACAAGGCCAAGGGCACGACGCCUCCUCCUGCAGCACCCCCGGCGGCGGGCAGCCCCCCCAAGUAGAGGCUACUACUCUGUCUUCUCAGCAAGAGGAAAGAGGAUCAUGCAAGAAUCUCCAAUUACCAUCGCGCGAUAACUAUUUGUCUUUUCCUUCAAAUGCAUGUUCAUGCUUGAAUGCUCUGUAUCAUUUGCAAUUCGAGGCUGUUAUGCCCCCUCCUAUCUUUAAUUUUGAGACAUGAAAUACUAUUCGAGUGCUAAACUCUGAUGAUUGUGCUGCUAAAAUUGUGCCUUCUUAUGCUUUGCCUCUCUUGGUAUUAUCCUGGUCAAUGAAUUAAAUCUGGAUUAUCUUGGUCGAUCAA